AUGGCGGAAGAAACAAGUGCGAGACAAUUGAACUUCUCCCAGGAGGAAACUGAUGUUCUGGUCCGGGAGGUCCAGUCUCGCAGUGGCCGGAUAUACGGUCACGCGAACAGACCUCCACGGGCUGAUGAUGCAAAAGCAGCCUGGGAGGAGGUAAGUACUGCUGUCAACCAAGUUUGCCCAGACGUGCUGAGAACUGCUGCGCAAUGCAAAAAGUGGUUCAAUGAUGUUAGAUGACGGGCUAAACUGAAAUUAUCCCAACACCGUCGCCAGACGGCAACGACCGGAGGCGGCCCCUCACUGAGUGUGGUGCUGAGCCCUGCCGAGGACGUGGCGUCCUCCACACUCCCCAAAAUCAGUAUUGAGGGGUUUGGUGUCUCUGAGGUUGGACUCAUGGGUAAGACAAACAUUCUUUUCCACAAAUAAAGACACUAAUAUCAUGUAUAUUUAACCACGUGUUACAAAGGUGUGUUGUGUGCACAGGUGAUCUGAAAAAAUGCCAUGGGUAAUGGGAUUGAAAUCGGAACCACCUGUGCGUAAAGACGGAUCAAACAAAGCCUGAUUGUAUUUUCUCCCCCUUUCCGCUAAUGUUUGCAUGUGAAAUGAACUUGGCUCACACAAUUUAUAACUUCUUUAUUCUAAAUUAAAGUACUGUUAACAUUUAAAAAAAAUGAAUCACUGUGAUUUACUAAAAUAAAAUUUCUGGUCAGCCUCGGCAGAAUUGCCGCCGUCGCGGCAGCAGCAGCACCACACAAGAGAGGAGGAGGAGGAGGAAGAGCAGCAGCAGGUGGUCAGGGAGGAGAAGAAGGAGGGAGAGGAGGACGAAGACAACGACGAGGAGGACCAGGGGGAGCCGGAGCCGGUGCGGGAGACACAGGAGGGGGCAAGACACAGACACAAGCCGGCAACACGGGGUCGGAGACCCAGCGGGCUGGUUUUCACAUGUUGGAGAGGGAGCUGGGGUCGAUGGGGGCGCUGCUUGGGUCGCUGGAGGCCCAGGUGAAGUCGCUACAGGAGGUCCUCCAGGCCAGCCUGCUCCCCCUAGCCUCUGGCGUUGCCACACUAGAGUGACUGGUCCAGGUAGCCGAAAGGCUGCUGCCAUCAGCACAAUCAUCCGCCCCCGCCUGUCCCGCGUGGCCGCUGAGGCCGCGCACAAGAGGGGGGCGGCCCCCUGGGUUGACGGACCGAGCGCAGUGUCCAGACCCAAGAGGAGGAGGAAGAAGAAGAAGAAGGGGGGUUGGGAGGGGAGAACAAUAAAACCCUUGUUAACGCAAUCAUGUUUGACUAUUUAUUGGAUGUUUUAAUGUGGAUAAUUACAAAUCAAGUAUAUAAAUGAAUGAAAGCAAAUACUCACAUUCAAAGGCAGAGCUGUGCUGUGAGGCAGUCCCUCCUCUCCUGUGUGCUCUGCUGCUCUCCCUGCUGACAUGGCAUAUGCAAUUCGGCCUCUCUCUGUCUAAUGUCCAGUAAUGUGUCCUCGGCGAGGUCAUAGUGGCAUCCAUGGCGUAUAGCUAUGUUGUGUAAAACACAACAUGCCACAAAGAAUGCACCGACACUCUGCGGGCUGUAUGUUAAUGAACCACCUGACCGGUCCAGACAUCUGAAACGCAUUUUGAGGAUUCCAAAAGUACGUUCAAUGACUGACCUAGCACUACUGAAGACACUGAUAAAAACACGUUGCUGUCUUGUUGAAGGUGUAAUGUAUGGCGUCAUAAACCACGUUUUCAGUGGAUAGCCGUUAUCACCUAGCAGCCACCCAUCCAGAGGGGUGUCCCCCUGAAAGACUGUAGGGAUGAUAGAAUUCGCCAGGAUGAAUGAAUCAUGUGCAGACCCGGGGUAAUUAGCGUACACGUUUGUCACCAGGCAAUUUGAGUCACAAAUCACCUGGAUAUUGAUGGAGUGGACUCUCUUACGAUUCACAUAAAUGAGGGCUUGGGUCUCUGGUGCGCGCAACUGCACAUGUGUGCAGUCAAUUGCUCCAAGGACCCCAGGGAAUCCAUAUUUCAACAAGAACCCUCGCUUCGUUUCCAGCUGGCUUGCAGGUGAUGAUGGGAAAAUUAUGUGCUCAUUUGCGUGUCGGACGAGACUGGUGGACACUUUAUGUAUGGCCAAACUGACAGCGGCCUGACUUAUCCCUACCACCAAGGCCACGGUAUGCUGGAAAGACCCGGUGGCGAAGAAAGUCAGAGCCGCUGUCACCCUCACAGCAACUGGGAGAGCGCAUGGGCCACCGGGGUCUGCAUCUGAGGCCACAAUGCGUGUUAUCGCGUGGACCACCUCACAGGACAGGUGUAAUUUGUUCCUGUGUCAAGGAAAAUAGUAGAUUGUUAAAAGGCAGUUGCAUUGAACACGGUGUUGGAGGUGUUAUCCAUGUGGCCCACCUGCAUUCCUGCUCUGUUAAGGUUAAAUAUGAUGCCCUGUGAUGAAUCACCCUCGCCCUGUAAUUUCUCCUCCUCCACCUCCUUGCAAUUAUGUACUUCAUCUUUGUAGAUAAUGUUAAGCAUGGAAAUUAUUACAUUUGUAGCAAUGUGAGAUCACAUGCUGCAGGUAAAUCUUGAGAACAACGGUCAUAACUUACUUUGCUUCAGUGUGUGUUGAUUUUUUCUGAGUGUUCUGAGAUGACAUGCCAAAUAUAUUCUCUCUCUGUGAUGACGAAGCUGUUUGUGGUUGGUAGAGAGACGUGAAGUAGUUAGUUUGCAUCAGAGUUUCAGCUAUGUUAGUCGGUCAGGUCGCGUGGCAAUUAGGCGUGCCAAACGCGCUCCUAAGAUAUACAUCAAAAUAUACUGAUGUACUGUAGAGCUAAAUGUAUGUGCUGCAUAUAUUUAAAUCCCACAUGACAAAGAUGAGUUGUGCACACAGAUCACACCAUAAAUUCCAAUAAUGGCAUUAAAAUCGCAACCAUCUGUGUGUAAUGACGCAUCGCGCUCCUUGGCCUGGCUCUCUCUUUCAUAGAUGUUGGCAUAUGAAAUAAAUUUGGUCACAAAACUAAAUAUUAUAAUAUUUGUAUGUAGGCUUAAAGUAAAUAACUCAUCUGAUCACUGAAACAAAUCACCCGUUCAGCCGCUGCAGCAGCAGCUGCUGCAGGACAGAGAGAGGACACAGACACAUGUCCAGGUUUAGCUGCGCGAUUAGAAAGAGGAAGAGGAAGAAAGAAAAGGAGGGAGACAAAUUAAAUAUCUUGUUCACUUCAUCAUGUGUGUUUAUUUACUAGAUAUUUAAUUUAAUUUAAUGCUGUUUCAGCUGUGUUGAUUCGGUCAGGUUGUGUGUCCAAACGCGAACAUCAGAUAAGAUAUAGAUCAGAAUAUAUCGAUAUAGAUCUAAAUGUAUGUGCUGACUCAGAUUAUUAGUUGUUGUUGAUUAUUUAUUGCACUGAAAUGUGCCUGACACUGUGGAAACCUGCCGGUGAGGCAUCAGUGAUGUAUGCCGAUACGCCGCCGGUCUACCAAAAUACUACUAGACCAGCUGUGCUCCGCCUGCGCUGAAAUCUGACCAGGUUUGAAUCGGCGAGCUUUCAGCGCACUUUACACACCAGUGGCGAGCACGAAAAUGUCACUGCGCCCGCUGAUUCUGUCGACACCUCCCCCUGCCACGCCACCACGCCCAGCUUGGCGGAUCUCGGUUCGCCUCCGUGCGCCUCAGUCCACGAAAAUACCAAACUGGCUGUACGCCGGGCUGCGCCAGACGAAAAUACAACUGCGCGGGGCUUGCCGCCCUCCGUCGCCUCACUGGCGUACACGAAAAUAGAGCCCUCUGUCUCAAAUAUCUGUUGCACUUAUUGAUUUAUUUUAUCUGUAAACUUUCCAAGCUGAUUCAUCAGUCAACAACACCACUAUGCAGGCUUUUUCAAAACAACGGUGCUUCCAAUUGAAUCAGAUAUAAUAAAGAUAAACACUUUAGAUAAUUAGAAAAGAGGCCCAGUCAACAUAAAAGUAAAUAGCAUUGGUGCUACUGUAGAUGCCAACAGACUACCAUGCAGACACUGGUGACUAUAGGUGUGCAAUAUGAUCAAAAUGUCACAUCCUACAACCUCUUCUAUACACCAGCACGACCGUUUACAAGCAGAGAAAAGCUAAUGUUAACAUCAGGCUAAUAUAAGCUACAAAAGUAGCUAAGCUGGGGAACAUGACAUUUUUUCAGAUAAUAAAAAAAUCCACCAAAGCAAAACAAAUAAUUACCCUUCUAACAGAAACAUAGCAACCGCUGUGUUGUCUCCACCGCUCAAAGACUACCCCGGUGUUGACUCUGGUUUGUCCUCUUGCUUAAUCCAGAGCCUUCUUCAUCGCAGCCCUUUCUACCUCCAUCUUUCUCUUCUUUGGCUGUGUGAAACUUGUUUUUAGGCUGUUUUUUCUCUGCCUUUGUAAAAUGGUCACAUAUUCUCCAGCUAACACGGUAUCCAGACAGAGGAGCGUGCUUGAGUUCUUUUCGUUUCUCUUUCUAAAUACAUAAUGAAUUGACUACUCUCAGGGUGAAAGGACCAUUCCAUCCACUAUGACAAAAGGUGUCUGUAAACAACACUGUCUACCCUGCCUUUAAUUUUAAAACUUUGAAAACCACACGUCUACAUCACCUGAAAACCAUGGCAAAACUAAGAUACUAAGAUAAGCACAGGCAAAUUCCCAGUGUUUCCGUUAACAGAGUUACCACAUUAACUAAGAAUUGUCAGCUAAGUGGUUAAGUGUCCUAACAAAAGCUUUUUUUUUUUUUAAGCCUUCAUAUGUCAAAGUAAUUAUGAUAUUCUGAUAAUAUACUGAACUGAGUGUUUGACUGAAAGUUACCAUUUAACAUGGUCACCCUUCUUACUGCAAAAUCAGAAUGUCACUCAAGUGAUAUUGCUAAAAUUUAGGGGAGAAUCCAAACUGAGACAGGUAACUUAAAGUGGCACUGGGCCUUUCUUGCACUCCAGGUGGGCUGUUCUGUAAGGGUAGGACCUCGUGCUAAAACUAUGACUAAACUGCUUUAAACUGAUUCCUAUUGAGACAUGGUUGCAAACUUGCGACAGGAAAAUAAAGUUCCAUCAGACUCAAAUGGAAUGUGCCCCAAAAAAGAUGCAUCAAAGAUAAUUGGGUUAAAGUUGUGCUUUUGCUUUGAACAUUUACUCAAAAAGUCUUAAAAGUAUGCUGCACUUAUUGUCUGUACAUAAAUCUAACAAGGUAAUACUACUUAUUACUACAGACCUGUGGUUAACAAUACACAGAUAUUUAAUUUUAACCAUGCAGAGAUACAAGUGACUCAAUUUUUUUUUUUAAAUCAACGACUACCCUGUUCCUUUAUUUUAACUUUGUUUGUGUUACGAUUUCUGUAUUUUAAGUUACUUAUGUAAUCACACCUCCUAGAUCAGAGUAAUGCACAUUUCAUGUGACAGAUUUCUACCAAUCCUCAAUUUUUAUUUCUGUUCCAGCCCCAGGUGCUGCUGAAAUGGCUCCCACUGCAAAGACCAGAUUUCAGAUGCAGAAACAUGAAUUGGAACUGGCCAAACAAAAUAUAGCCUCACAGGAUGACAAAAUAUUGGAGCUAACAAAGGAGAGAGAUUUAUCAAGGGCGUAACUGUCUCAGUGUAACUCAAUAAUUACUCUUAUGUACCAAUAAACAUAUGUGUAAGAUGUAAUUAAAUGCAGUAGAUGUAUACAUUACAUACAUUCUGUCCUUAACAGCAAGAACAACUUAUAGUUAGCUGCUUGUCUUGUUUCACAAUCUGCAUGUUUCCUAUCUAAUACGGGCAAUAUUUCAUUAUGAUGUCUUCAUGCAGUGUCAAAAACCCCCAACAGAAGACAUGAUGAGCCACCCUCUGAAUCUUCUGUCAUUUCCUCAUCCAAUUCAUCUGUGGAGUCAAGGAGUAACUCGUCUGACUGCUCUUCAGACUCCAUAACCAACUCAUCCACAUCUUCAGAAGAUGACAUGAAGAAGAAGAGGAAAAUGAAGAUGAAAGAGAAAAUGAAGAAAACGAAAAAGACGAUGAAACAAACAAGAGGGAUGCAGAGCUGUGUUUCAAGAGGUAGUUCAUUAGCUUACAGAAACUAUUAGUGAACUACUUCUCCAGGGGUCCGUUUCACGUAGGUGGUUCAACAAACUCUGAGUCAAAUCCUUAACUCUGCACGUUUUUAAAAGAAAGUGCAAUACAGCAGCAGCUGCAAAGGAGAGGGAGAGGGCAUGGGAGGAAAUUGCUGCUCGCGUCAAUGCGUAAGUUUAAAUCUAGUCUUGUGCAAUCACAAUGACAGAUUGUUGCAGGGGAAACUGCUUGCAUGGAGCCAAUUAAUUCAUUUUAUGUAGGUGCAAUCCAGUGGGACAAAAGUGCACUUGGCAGCAGCUGAAAAUUAAAUAUAAAAACAUUGUGCAAACAGGUGAGACAUCUGCAUUUUGGACAUUCCGCCCACUGCUGCUGCGGCCGCUGGAGGAGAAUCACGGUCGGCCCAUGCAUAUAGGCGAACAUGCAAGUGCAGCCUGCAGCCAGCCAGUGACUGAUUUGUCACAUUUUGGACAUUAGGGGCGGCGCCGCUGCGGCCAAUGUUUUAUUAGCUGUGCUGCCCGUUGCACACAUUACAAUUUGCCGCUCUAAUCAGCUGCCUUGUUCGCCUAUGUGCAGGAGCCGGCCAUGAGUGUGUGGCUGAAAGAGGGCGGAGACAGAGAAAAACUCUGGGUUUACUGAGGAAAACCUGGUCCCGACCAGGGGCCUGUUCUACGAAGCAGGAUUACUGCUUAGCGAGGUAACUUCGAGGGUAAGUUUGGGGUUUCCUGUUCUACGACGCGGGUUCACGUCUUAGCGAGGUGAGUCUCCAUGGCAACAUACGCUGAACGGCUAACCUGCUCCGGGGCAGGUUAAGUUCCAGAUUGAACUCACCGAGUAUAAAAACCCCGCCCACUGACCAAUGAGCUCUCUCGAAAAACGGCUUGUCCGUUCUCGGAGGAUCCUGUAGACCUUGGUGCUCUCAUUGUACGAGGAGGAGCACUCCGGCGCGCGAGAGUUUACAGGGAUUGCACGGACCCACUUACUUUUCCGGAUGACCACCUUUAUGAAAGGCUCAUAUGGCCGACAUAUCACACAAAAAAUGUAAACACGAUAGGAAUGAACAAAUGAGUGAAUUCAUCUUGGAAAUGAAUGGGCAUGAGCUGCAUGGGCUGCGUGAUCACAGACAACAUCUCGGUACUAUUUCUCGGUACUACUGUUCAGGACUGCUUACUUGUGCUUCCUACCCACUGUAAUAACGGUUGUUCUAGCCCACAUGCAACAUUUUUGUUCUCAUUCAUGAAACGCUUAAAUCGGGGACAUUUUCGGGGACAGAUUUAGCUGGGGACAGAUCAUCCAAUUCGGGGACUGUCACCUUAGUUAAAAGCGCAUGUUGAACAGUGCUUUUUCAGGGUGAUAAUGACAUCAAAGAUGCAUUUUCUGCCAGCAUUCCCUCCAUGCUUUUGCAGCGGCGACGGUGUUGCUUUUGAGGUUUAUGGUAGCUUUGAAUUCUUCAUACUUUCUCAUGAUCGUCUCCUGCUCCUCGUUUGUAAAGUACGCAGUCCUUGACUCUCCAGCCUGCUCUGACGCUCCAGACUGAUCCAUGUUCGCGAUCGGUCAGAUGCGGCGGGCUCCGCCUUAUAUGUGUGCACGCGCUCAUAGCAAAGCUGGAUCCACUUAUGAGGUUGAUAACCAGCAUCGUAAAACCGCUUAGCGAGACCACUGGCUACCGCGCUAAGUUGAGCGAGGUAGCUCCAAGGCUACCUCGCUAGGUUGAACUUGCUUCGUAGAACAGGCCCCAGGUUAGGUUCACGGAGUCUGUUACUGUGGUAACUCACUGCGAGGUUGAGUUACCUCUCUUUGUGAAACAGGUUAGAGUUACCCCUCUCUUUCUGGUUUAACUGACCCUCCUUUGUGAAACGGAAAACUCAGAGUUUCCCUGAUUUCAGGGUUAACAGACUCUGAGUUUCCAUUAAACCUGCUACGUGAAACGGACCUCAGGUGUAUUUGCUUGACAACUAUGUGACCAAGAAAAGACCAUCUGGCCACUUACAAUUUGCUACUUAUGUUUAACACUUGUUACGCCCCACCUGACGGCGGCCCUAUAGGGCUAACGACAAUCCUCAACUUUUGACCCAUUAAAUUAACAAACACCUUCAAAUGUUUAACAUGUGAUUUAUUGUGACAAAAUAACAAAAUAGCAAACUAGACACAAAGCACCCACAACACAAAUGAGAGGCAGCAGGGCAGCAGUUCCCCACCAAAUUGCCUCUCCAGACUGCAGGCAGCUCUGGGCUUUUAGACUCCCAGCACCAGGUGAGUCUGAUUGGCACUCAAGUGAUUUCACCUGGGCAGCUGUGGGUAGACAAAAGGGGAAAAACACAUGCAAAACAAACACACAGCCGUAACACCCCCACCCUUAAAACAAUGAAUAAAUCAUUUGUACUGCAAAAAUAAACACCACAAUUGCACACCAUAAAUCCAAAAUAAUACAAAUAUUUAUUCAUUGAAUUAAAGUGCAUUGUGUCAACUAUAUUAACACAAGAAACUAACUAAAUGGGUGUUACUCACCAAGGCUGUGUGUUACAAAACACACACCACUGCACAAGCUCAAAAAAAAAAAAACUUCACUAUUUACCAAAACUGAAGACAACCACUGCUGACAAAAAGGUGCAAAAUGGGUCGUGAGGAACACAAAAUCUUAAUUAGGGCCAAGGAAGAUGCUGCAACAAAUUCAAAAGCAGCCAUCACAAAAGCAGCCAAUUAAGUGGGUGCCACUCCCACAAAGCAAAAUGGCUACUACCAUGAGGUUAACACACACACACACACACACACACACAAAGAGCAAAACACUAAAUUUGCCAAUACCACACACAGUAACAGAUAUUCAACACUAAAGGGGAGUGAGCAGUCACACACAAACGGAUCAACAAAAGUUGUAGAACUACAACACUGCUGUCAGUCACACACAGCACACAAAGAUCCAACAAAAGGUGACUGCCACCACCACCACAACACAAAUGGACACAAGUCUUCAAAAGACACACGAAUUACUGUGAUAAGGUAAGCAACAAGCCAAAUGAAAGGAACAUACAAUAAGGUAUACGAAGCAGUAACACAAGUGACCCACCAAAUGUGGACUGCAAACCACUACACAAAAUGGUCACAUAGUAGUCACCACUACACAACAAUUGCCACUUUACACCUAAGAUGCAACUCACACGUGACCCACCAAAUGUGGAGAGCAGUAAACACCAACAAAUGGUCACACAACACAAGUUACUGCGCACACAAAAUCCUAAUUGUUAUCACACAGAGUGACCAAGCAAGAAUGGGUAGCCCUCUGAAACACACACAAAAACAGUACUAUAGUACAAAACAAUUUAAAAUGAGUCACCCCUACCCCUACCUGCUUAACAAGAUGUCUGACUUACCUAACUAAUCUUCAGUGGCUUGCCGAGCUCGAGGCAUCACCCAAGUGUGCUCCCUCCUCAGGAUUACCACCAAAAAUAAGAAAGGCAAAAUAAAAAAGUGGCAAGCUCUUCCCUGCCCGGCGACUAAAUAAUCAGGGUGCUCAGAAGUUACAAAUAAAAGCAACUACUAAUGAUAGUGACAGAAACAGAACAAACCCAAACUAUGGUCACUAGUUAUGAAAGGAAAAAACAAACAAGCAACUACUUCAAAAAAAACCUCAUGGAUGUUUCGAUCCCGGACGAGCCCCCAUUUGUUACGCCCCACCUGACGGCAGCCCUAUGGGGCUAACAACCAGGGCCGGGUCUAGAAAAUGAUGACUAGGGGUGCAUCUCAGGUCAGAGGGGGUGCACAUGCCUGGCACGUUAUUCAACACUAAAUUAUGCAUUUUCCCGUCAUUUCAAGCGGAAUGAAACUAGUCAAACAAGAAUAUUUAAAAUGUCUUUCAUAUGCUUUAUUGUAGCAAAAUUGUUGUAGAAAAAGGAAAUGGUUUCUUACCCUGAAUAUUUAACAUAGAAAUUCAAACUAUUUUUAACUAUACAGCUCAAAACCAUCACUAAACAUGACAGUCAUUUCAAGUGGAAUUCUACCAGUCAAAAAAGAAUAUUUUAAAGGGGACCUGCCACCAAAAUUUCAUACCCAUUUUUAUCAUUUUUUCAUAAUCCUUGAUGUCCUCUGAUCAUGUUUACAACAUAAUUUUAGCUGAAAAGUUAUUUGAUGGUUUGUUUUAGUAUGCCUAAAAAACCUUACAGGAAAACCAAUUGGUUUUGGUUCAUUAACAUUAAUGGUAAUGAGCUUUGCUCUGAUUGGAUCGCUGCUGUGAAGCCUGCUGUGCUCUGAUUGGCUCAGCAGUGGAGGUUCGGAUUUCGGUUUAUCCAUUGUUAUUAUGCUAAUGCUGAUAGCAUAUGCUAAUGUGUGCUAAAGUAAGGUGCCCAGAUGUCUGUAAUGAUAUCCGGGGAUAUUCGGUGCGGCGGCGGCAAUGCAGGGGCUGCAGGGGCUGCGUGAUCACAGAGAAAGUCUCUGUACUAUUUAGUAGCAGCGCAUGCCCCUUGUAAUAACCCCCAUAAGAACUGUUGCUCAGGACUGCUUACUUGUGCUUCCUACCUAUUCGGCUACUGUAAUAACCGGUGUUCGAGCCCACACGCAACAUUUUUGCUCUCAUUCAUGAAACGCUUAAAUCAGGGACAUUUUUGGGGACAGCUUUUGCCGGGGACAGGUCAUCCAAUACGGGGACUGUCCCUGGAAAUCGGGGACGUCUGGUCACCUUAUGCUAAAGGCUAAAAACGGCAGGUAUUAAACCAUAUAUUUUAGACCCCGAGUCUGAAGAGGAGGUGGAAGUUGAGGAAGAAGUCGGAGAUCUCCAGCGGAGAUCUCUCAUUCAUUCUGUCCAGCUUUAAGUUCAUUUUCCCGGCAGUGAACCCAAGGAAGGCAGAUGAGUGACGUGCACUGACGCGCGCGCACUUCUCCCUCUUUCCAACUGAGCAUGCAGCCACAUAAACUGAGGGUGCAAUGCAUGCUUAUGCACCCCCGUAGAACCGGGCCUGCUAACAACAAUCCUCAACUUUUGACCCAUUAAAUUAACAAACACUUUCAAAUGUUUAACACGUGAUUUAUUGUGACAAAAUAACAAAAUAGCAAACUAGACACAAAGCACCCACGACACAAAUGAGAGGCAGCAGGGCAGCAGUUCCCACCAAAUGCCUUUCCAGACUGCAGGCAGCUCUGGGCUUUUAGACUCCCAGCACCAGGUGAGUCUGAUUGGCACUCAAGUGAUUUCACCUGGGCAGCUAUGGAGAGACAAAAGGGGAAAAACACAUGCAAAACAAACACACAGCCGUAACACACUCAGUAGAGCUGAAGCCCAGACCUAUUAAUUUUCAAUCUCUGCAAAUGAUGUGUUUACAUAACUUGUUACCCGCAGAAAAUCAGAGACAUUAAGAUACACAGCAAGUUUAUGACACUUCAACCUCUUACACAGCAAACAGGACACUAUCUUAAACCAUUAAACACUGGAGCUCUUGCUUGAACUUUACUUUAUUGAUGUUUACCUUUCAUUAUUGUAAAAUCUAUCCCCUUACACUGCUGUAGGAUGAAAGUCUACAAAAGCAUGGGCAGCUUUAUGUGUCUUUUAUGUGAUUGAAAUGAGUUGACAUAAAAAAAUAGAUUUUAUGUCUUGGUUUUUCAAUAUUCAGUGUAAAUGAAAAGCCACUAAAAAGCUAAGUCAGUUUAUUUAUAUUUGUUUUAAUUUAUUACAUUUUCAUUGAGAGCUUGUUGCUUUAAGUGGUAGUGUAGCGAGUGCAUCACUUUCAACAACUGUCUUUAGUUUAAAAAUAAACUGGUAAAAACUCUUAGGGCCUGAUGUACUAAGAUCCCAAGUAGCGAGCGCUAAAUUGCAUGUGCAAACUAAAAAACUGCACGUGCUAUUAGUGGGCAUGUUGCAGGUGAUCUACUAUCAUUGUGUGCGCAAUUGAUAACGGGUGCAAAAGUUAUUAGCCAUCACCAUGGAGAGCAGAGUGUUUGAAGCCUUGGAGUUGCACAUAUCCUAUUGGGGAACUGCAUAAAGGCAAGGCAAGUUUAUUUGUAUAGCACAAUUCAUACACAAGACAAUUCAAAGUGCUUUUGUAGAUACAAGAAGAUAUACUAGAAAUCAAAAAAGGGAUUAAAACGAUUUAAAAUCAAUAAGACAAACAGAUAAUUUUUUUUGUCUGUUCCGUGUUUGACCUUAUUAUUUAUGAAAAUCGUAAUUUCCUGGAAAAACAAAAUAAAUCACAAGCUUUUGGACAAGGAUCAUGGUGCGUAUCAUGGCACUUCUGCCUCCUUCUCCCCAUAAUGACCGUGCGUAAUGCUGUGUCAGUUUGCACGUGCCUUUCAAACGUAUCCAAGACGAGGUCCAGGCCCUAAAGAGGUCUGAAAAAUUACUGCCUCUGGGUAAGGGUAAUUUUUAAGUAACCUAGAGAUAGUUCAUGUUGAGUUAGGGGUUACAUUUUACUUGGUUCGUUAAACUUUUGAAAGGUCAUGUAUUUAUUUUCUGUUUUCAGUGCAUUUUCUAAAUAGUUGUUUCUUUGAUGUCAAAACAAUAUAUUAAUUUUAACACAUUGUUCACGUUUUGGACUACAUUUGAAAAAAAAAUUCACAUGUAUAUAAUCUCGGUACUAAUUUUAAUUGUUUGAAAAGGCCUAUUAGACCAAACUUUUUUUGGAAGAGCUGUUUGAGCUUAUCACUAAGUGCUGUGUUUACACAUGUAUUUUUCACAGUAUUUAUUACUGAUGAAAAAGGAAACAUUAUACUUAUCUUUUGUCCUACUUUUACACUUAAGAUCGACUUUCUGCUUUCAUGAGGGGGUCCCGCUUUCUGCGGGUGCACAUACUUAUCACAGUACCCACACAUUUUUUAACUCUUAAUAAGCCCAUGAAACAGUAUUUAUUAAUCUUUAUAAGCAGUGUUCCUACUUUAAAUCCAUUAGUAUAUAAGUAUAUAAACAGUUAAUAAGUUUCUAAUAAGUAUAUAUAAGUGUCUAAUAAGAUAUAAAGGUAUUCAUUGUGCCUCUAUUAACACUUAUUUAGACUUAUUUGUGUUAACAAGAAUCUAAUAAGGUCUUAUAAUGUCUUAUAAGUGACUUAUUACAUAUUAAUUUCGACUAAUUACAACCAUCUUUAUGUAAAGUGUUACAACUAUUUGCCUUUUCUUAAGCUGCCAAGCCAUUGGCCACUAUUUAUUAUUUAUUAAGCUUUCACUAAAAGCCCCCCCCCCCCCCCCCCACACACACACACACACACACACACACACACACACACACACACAUUGUUUUCAAAGAACAUUCAGUUUUCACCAUUGAUUUGAUGGUGAUUAUUAACAGAGAUAAUAUCACAUGACAUACAGUCUAUAAAUUUGUGGAGGCACUGAGUAGGUUGUUGAUUCACGGUCACAGAGUCAAUCAGUUCUUGAACUGUGUAAUGAAACUGGUUGUGAGGCUGUGAGGGGCCUGACAUGUAUUGACAUUUAACAGAGCCGCUCAAUAAAGUGCUCUGCUUCUGACACAGAGAGGAAAGUGGGUGGGACAUGUGAGAACUAUCUCACUAUCUCACAGUGUAAACGUAGGGGGUAAUCUGGAGAGUCUGUGGACAGUAGCAGGACGAAGAUUUACAGGAGCUGGCUGAGACUCCCUCAACCUACCUGCUGAUGUGUGUUAUUACAAGGUGUUUUAUCAGGCUCUGACCCAUACAGGGUGAUCGCUUUAGCAGCACAAUCCUGCUUCAUUUCAAAUCAGGAAAGGCCAUGACAUUACACACACACACACACAAACACAAACACACACACACAAACACACAUCUCAUCCUUCCUAUAGUAGAGAAGAGGAGGCAGUUAAUGGAAUAGUGUUCAUUAUUGCCUGUCAUCAGCGCUUCUUUCACCAACUCUCUGUAAACCUUAGUUUGAGAGCGAGCAUGAGCGAGUCCCUACUCCUGGAAAAGACUGAAGCGCUUUACGAGGCAAAUAAAACAAUCACCAUACUCAAACUCCGUAUUCAAAAACUGUCAAAAUCCAAUCUACUCACAACCUGUACGGAUGUGGCCCACCAGCAAUCCCUCCACCUGUUUUCCCUCCAAGCAACCCUCCAGGACACGCUACCCUGGGAGCCUCACAGCCCGAGGACCUUGUCCUGACCGCCAUCCACCACAGCACCCAACCAGGACUCAACCUGGACCAAAGUGACCACCCGAGGUAUGAAAACCACCAACACCAUCCCCUGGAACCCGGCCGGGCCUACCUCAAGCUCCACACCGAGCAAUCCACUGACCCGGUCCAAGGUCCUCGCCGGCGGCAGGACAAAACCCUCCAGCGAUGCCUCUACAGUCCAGUUGUCCCUCUCUAACCACUUCGAGGCCCUUGAGCAUUCUCCCAAGCCGGCCAACACCAGCAUGAACCAGUCCCCUCUCGGUGGUGACGUGGUAGCCAUCUGUCAUCUUCUUCUUCCACUACCCCACCUGGAAACAGCGUCCCCCAGAGCCCCCCCUCCGGAACCCUCGCCCUCACCACCCCCAACACCGGCUCCCCUAACAGGCCCCAACUGGUACUGCACACCCUCGCCCCCACUACAGCAAACUCCCCCCUCCUGGUCCAAACAGCGACUGCACCCUCCAACCACAGAGUCUCCCUGCCAAUCUGCCAUCUCACCAGGAUCUCGCCACAGCCUCUUUAUACAAACAAUUACAACUACUGGACCCUCCCGUUAAAAUCCCAUGCAUGCAAAACAAAGGACAAGAAAUCAAAUAAACCUCCACUGCCUUCCCCCUGCCUCACUGCCCACCCCACAGCCCCCCUCCCCUGAAGAUGGCCCUUCAAAACAUCCACUCCCUCAAAAACAAAGGACAUAUCCUGGCUGACUUCAUAACAGACAAUAACCUGCGCUUCCUCUGUCUAACUGAAACCUGGCACAACCAUCUCAACCUCUUUCCACUCAACCAAGCCACGCCCCCGGUUACUCCUACCUGCACCAACCCCGCCUCACUGGACGAAGCGGUGGUGUCGCAGUCAUCCACAAACAAACCCUCAAGACCACCCCCGUCCCCACCCUGUCCGUCCACUCAUUUGAAGAUAUUUCCGUCAAACUCCCCAGCCCCACCCUUCUGGUCAUUGUAACCGUCUACUGCCCUCCAAAGCCCCACCCAUCAUUCCUCUCUGAUUUCUCUGACUUUGUCACCCACCUAAGUACCAUCUCAUCCUCUGUCCUGCUGCUUGGAGACUUCAGCUUUCACAUCGACAACCCCACCUGGAAACAAGCCUCCGAUUUCCCUGAUCUGCUCGACACCCUCAACCUCACCCAGCAUGUACACUCCCCCACCCACUCCCACAGCCACAUCCUCGACCUCAUCUGUUCCACUGGCAUGCCCAUCCACCAUCUCUCCACCAUCAACCUCUAUAUAUCUGACCACCUGGCUGUCACUUUCAACGUCGACCCCCCCCCCCCUCUUCACAGUGAAAAACGACUAAUUUCCUUCAGAAACCUCAGAUCCAUCUUUCCUCAGGACCUCUCCACUUCCCUAUCUGCCACCCUGACUGCAUUCCCUCCCCCACCAUCUGCUAAACUUCCUGACCUACUCAACUACUACAAUAACACUCUAUCCUCCUGCCUGGACCAGUUCGCACCCCUCAAAACAAGAACAGUUUCAUUUAGACACUCUGCCCCCUGGUUUACCUCAGAACUGCACAAAAUGAAAUCACACAAACCCCAACUGGAACAUCUCUACUGCAAAACCGGCCUCACAGUCCAUCUCCAAGCCUACACCGACCAUCUCCACCUGUACAGAACAGCCCUCAACUCCGCCCAUUCUUCCUUUUACUCCAACCUCAUCCACUCCGGCUCCAGUAACCGAAAGGCUCUUUUCUCCACAGUCAAAAAACUGCUCCACCCCAUAGACAGUACCUCCAUCACCUUCACCCCGGAAAAGUGCAACUCAUUCCUCUCCUCUUUUCAAUCCAAAAUCAACACAAUCUACAACUCCCUUUCCCCACCCUCCAUUCCCAGCUCCUCCCCUCAUCCCUUCAGCACUCUCUUGCUUCUCACCUGUUUCUUAAACUGA